AAGUCAGAAGUCAGAAGUCAGAAGUCAGAAGUCGGAAGUCAGAAGUCAGAAGUCAGAAGUCGGAAGUCGGAACUCAGAAGUCAGAAGUCGGAAGUCGGAAGUCAGAAGUCAGAAGUCAGAAGUCGGAAGUCAGAAGUCAGAAGUCAGAAGUCGGAAGUCGGAAGUCGGAACUCAGAAGUCAGAAGUCGGAAGUCGGAAGUCAGAACUCAGAAGUCGGAACUCAGAAGUCGGAACUCGGAAGUCGGAACUCGGAAGUCAGAAGUGGGGCUCCUCGGCCAUGUGGCCCUCCUCGGCCAUCGUAUAG